AGUAGCAACAUGGGCUGUCAAUGUUUCUCCAGUUGUCAUAGUAUUUGUUUUGAGUGUUCUUUCCUAUAGAUCAGUAAUUGCAAAUUUCCUCAUUACAUCGAAUUCCCCUCACCAAGGAGGCCUGAUGACCACUAAUGCCAGUUAAAGACCCCUGUAAGGUAUUUGCCUGUCGCAUUCAAGCCUGCCUCAAUGAGAACAACUAUCAGGAAUCGGCCUGCCAGCAUGCUAUAGAAUCGAUGCGUGAAUGCUGCCGGCAGUGGAAAGACAAAAGUUUCGUAUGUGAGGGAAUUGACAUUGCCCAGAAGCCUUCAGAGAAGAAUGAAUCAAAAUAGAUACAAUAUAAAAAAGCAGACGUUCACUCAGAGACAUUAUAUGUUGAUUAAUGCCGUUCUUUCGGUGCUUGGACUUGGAAUAUUGUUUUCGCGGCCGAUUUACGACUCGUUUAGCUACUCUUCAGAGGAAAUUGAAGAUCUGCGCGAAAAGGUCCUAAGAGAUCGCAAACUCAAACAGGAAAAACUAGCAGAGGAGAAGAAGCAGGCAGAGGCUGCAAAGAAAGAGGCAGAAGCUGCGAAUAAAAUCGCAGAGGCUGCGAAGAAAGAAGCAGAAUCUGCAAAGAAACAGUGAAGAUGGAAUCAGUAAGUAAAGCCAAGCAAAGGUUCAAACAGUAUCCUUUAAUAUUUGGCAAGUGUGGAAAAGAGGCCAGUGUCUACGCCACGUGUGUGUUAAAACAGGACAAUCUGAUGAAAGACAACUGUGUGACUGAGUUUCAAGGCUUUAAAACCUGCUUGCAGAUGAGUGCGGCCAAAUUGAAAACCAGGAUUUAGUAGCAAGUGCUUUAGUAGAUAAAAAUGCUCAAAAAUAUUCAGGAACUGGCAUCAAAGCCGCUUUGUGUUCUAGAGAAAUGGUUCAAAGCCGACAUGGUGACACAUAUAAUAGUCUCCUCAAUGAUCAGGCUGUGUCUAGUUGUUUAUGGGGCCUUUCACGACCAGCAUUACGAGGUACCGUACACAGACGUUGAUUAUAAAGUUUUCACCGACGCUGCCAGACAUGUAGUCCAGGGGGGCUCUCCAUAUGACCGGCACACAUUUCGCUAUUCGCCGUUGAUUGCGAUUUUGCUAACGCCCAACGUGUUUUUUCAUCCAAUGUUUGGCAAAAUCAUUUUCUGCGAAGUGGAUUUGGUGGUGGCCUAUUUUAUCCGGCGCCUCGUUUAUUUGAACGUCUUUGAAUGGAUGUCCAAGUAUGAGAGCUACGCUUCGGAAAAAGCGCCAUUGGAUGCCAUUGAAGAGAAAAAACCAAUCAAGACCAGGAAAAGGAAAGGCAUGCCAAGCAAGUACAAUGUAAAGGUUCAAACUGCAAUUUAUUGGGCGCACAGAGCCAUGCUCUUUUGGCUGUAUAACCCGUUGACUAUGGCAAUUUCCACGAGAGGUAACUCGGACUCUAUAGCAUGUCUUUUGGUAGUGCUCACCCUUUAUGGGAUUCAAUCCAACUGGCAUCCCUUUUUAGUUGGGUUGUUGCACGGUUUUUCUGUCCAUUUCAGGAUUUACCCUGUUAUCUACAGCCUGCUGUUUUUCAUGUAUUACAGUGGCUUUGCUUAUGAGUUUGAGCUUCCUAGCUUUCCUCAGUACAAGGCCAUUAAGAGCGAGAAGAAAACCAAGAAGAACAAGCUCGCUAAGCGGGUAGACAGUGGGGAAGUUUGCCGGAGAAACCCGGAAAGCUUGAAGAUUUUUGCCACUAGCUUCUGGUGGUACCUCUGGCCGAAUACCCAGCAGCUGAUGCUUGUGAUGGGCGCCGCAUGUUCUCUGCUUAGUCUAACCGGAGUUUUCUACUACAUGUAUGGCUACAAGUUCCUUUACGAAUCCCUCAUCUAUCACCUGGUUAGGGUGGACUUUAAGCACAACUUUUCCUUGUAUUUCUACUUGCAGUAUCUCACGGCCUUCGUCACCAUGCCCAUGUGGUUUACCGGCAAUUUCUGGCAACCCAUCCUGAUCAACCUGCCUCCCAUUGUGCUAAUUUUGAACUUUUCCUUCCGUUACGGCCUGAAUAAGUUCUCCCUGAACUUUGGCGUGUUGGCGCAGACCAUAGUUUUCGUCAUUUUCAACAAAGUGAUCACUUCGCAGUACUUUGUGUGGAUUAUGGGCGUUCUGCCGUUGUGCAUUUGGCAAAUAAAGCUCAGCAAAGCAGAAGUGGUGGCUAUGACAGUGAUCUGGUUUGCUGCUCAAGGCGCCUGGCUAGUUCCAGCCUAUUUGCUGGAAUUUCGGGGCGAGGACACAUUUUUGUACAUCUGGAUACAGAGUGUGUCGCUGUUUUGCGCCCACAUCGGAAUCUUCGGUCGAUUAGUGAAAAAUUUCAUUUUGCCAAUGGGCGUCUUGAAGAACUACAAUGGGCGCUCGCUGGCCAGCUCAAUAUUUCAGUCUGACUGAGUCGGGACUUUUAUAUUCAAUGUAGUAGUGAUUGUUUAUUUAGUCAGUAAUCCAAAAAUUGGCGCCAAAUAGGGUAAGGAGUGGCUGAUUGUUAGAUUUAAAUAAAUUGAUGUUCCUGA